AUGUCAGAUUCAGUUGGUAUAGCAUUAUCCUCCCGUUCCAACUAUGGAUCAUUACCUAGACCACCUGCAGAGAAUAGAAUUAGAUUAUAUGGAUUAUAUAAACAAGCUACAGAAGGGGAUGUUAAUGGAAUAAUGCCUCGACCAGUGGGGUUCACAGUGGAAGAUGAAGGUGCUAAGAAGAAAUGGGAUGCAUGGAAAAGGGAAGAAGGACUUUCCAAAACUGAAGCUAAACGUCGAUAUAUCUCUUAUCUUAUUGAAACUAUGAAGAUUUAUGCUAGUGGUACAUUGGAAGCAAGAGAAUUAUUAAGUGAUCUUGAAUAUUUAUGGGAUCAAAUCAAAGAUAUACAAACUCCAGAUGAUGAUGAAGACCAUCAUUCAAUCCCAUUACCUUCAUAUUCUCCAUCUUUCAGUCAAGCUGGUCAAUCUGAUCGGUUUUCAAGUGUCACUCCAAGUCUUAAUCAACAAUAUCGAAGCAACUUACAAAAGAUUUAUAGUCAUUCCAGAAGAAAUACUGCAGUAUCUAUUAAUGAAUACGUUCAACAACAAAGACAACAACAGUUACAUCAACAAAGUCAAUCACAACAACUUGGUGAUUCUUCAUUUAUCGGAGCCGGUACAACCAAUUCUGUUUAUUCCUUACCUUUAGUACCACAAGGACAUUCAACUAAUCAACCACCAUCUAAUAAUUUGGUUAAUUCUGCUACUAUUGAAGAUUUUAAAACUUGGCAAGGGGAAGUUAAUUUAGUGAUAAAUAAAUUAACCAGAGAAUUCAUAAGAGAUAGACAUACUCAAGACAAUAACAAUAAUAAGAAUGAAGGUGAAGAAGCUUUAGAUGAGAUUGAAUUAUUAAAGCGGAAAGUAUUCACUAUAUUGAGAUUUGUUGGAAAACAUGUGUUAACUUUCCUUAAGAACUUUUCCAUUAGUUUAUUAGCAAUUUUAUUCAUUGUAUGGUGUAUAAAAAGAAAUGUGGUUGUUAAGAGAACCAUUGUGAAUCAACCAAUUGGAAACAAUUCCAAUAAGCAAAAAAAGGAAUUAAUCAUCAAUAUGAUCCUUAAUACUGAUGAAAACAAGUGGUUUAUUAGAAUGUUAAGUUUUAUAAAUAGUUUUGUUGGUUUUGUGUAGAAUUUAGUUUAGGUAAUAAUGAUUAUGAAAUCGAAUUUUGAAUACAUUGUAGAUAAGCCUAAUUAGAAUUUAUGAAACCAUAACCCGCCUCAGAUGCAUGUUUCAGUAAUAGUAUGAUUAACCAUCAUUAAAUUGUCGUAUCAUUAAGCAUUGUAAAUGUUGAAUAAAGAUUUGUUUGAAACUGAGAUCUUACUUUUGUGGUUAAAUUUUGCACUUUGUCAUGGCUCAAUUUGGUAAUUUUUCUGUCACAUCUGAAAUAGAUGCAAAAUCGUGUAAUAUUUGACAUCAAUACCCAUGACGCUAGAUGAAUCUGAAACUAUAACCAUCAAGAUCUUGUAGAUCUCCAUUAUAAAUACAGCUCAAAUCCUACUUGUUAAACCAUUUUUGAAACCUAUUACUUUUAUAAAUCAUACAAACUAAUUCACAAUGGCUGCUCAACAAACUCAAACU